AUGGUUAUUCACGUUGAUCUGUACCUAUGGGCGUUUUUGCAAAUUGAGACGAACGAGCGCGCGAAGGACGACGCUCAAGCCUAUGCAGCCGGAGCUCUGGAGGCGUACCUUACGCGGCAACUGAUCGAAUACCACUGGACAAACAUGUUCGGAGGCUACUGCGAGAGCCAGCCGCAGUACUGCCGUAAACUGGACCAGUUUUUCGCCGAAAACAACAAAUACUCACAACAGCACCAGGAUCACCGCAAGCACAACGAGCCAUUUUGGCACAUGGUCCAUCUACAAAUGAAGCAAUUGGCGGGUCUCAACGAUGAGUUAGAAAACAACGCUUUAGACUAUUCGAACAAGCUGACGGGCAUCCCGAGAGUUCAGUACCUCAACGCUCAAGGUGACAUCCAGGACUUGGAGCACGUAUUGGAGCGUGAUUUGGACGUCUAUGCCAUUGACCAGAUAAUGGCUUGUUCUGCUGUCAUCAAAGUAGUCGGAGACAACGAGGUUCUCAUCUUCGGUCAUGACGCGUGGUUCGUCUAUCGGGCGAUGCUGCGCAUCCAGAAACACUACAUUUUCCCUUGGCAUCUCACGGCUUCUCGGACGGAACCAGAGACAUUCGAAAUGACCGCGCAACCAGAGACCGUCAAGAAAUACGGUGACUUGUACACAUACGACAAAUGCCCACGUGCUAGAAUGUUCCAGCGAGACAACGACAAUCUGACGGACGUGGAUUCUGUUCUGACGUACUUGAGGUACAACGAUUACAAGAACGACCCGCUGUCGCGCUGCAAUUGCACCCCGCCAGAAAAUCCAGUGCUCGCCAUCUCAGCGCGUACAGACUUGCUUGACCCGAACGGACAGUACGAUACCCCAUUGAUGAUCCGCCGUGCUGUCGGUGGCAUUGACGCAAAGGUUACAAGUAAUGAGCUGUUCCCGUCAUUAGAGUUUGUUGGUGAGAGUGGGCCGACGUGGAGAAACCAGCCACCCUUCCAAUGGAGCACCAGUGGACUGCCCGGCAGCCACCUCGGGCAGCCGGACAAGUGGCAGUUCAAGCCUGUUCAGCACAAGUGGGAGCCAGCGCUGCGCAACAUAUCAAUCAGCUAG